CUUCCUCUGUCUCACCAAACUGUUCCUACGCGGGCGCAAUUUAAGAACCGAAAAAAACUGUAUGAAACGCAUCAGUUAGUCGCACAAACUUCAUGAAUUCUUCAUAAAGUCGUCCUUAAUUACAACCCAUCCUUACACACACACUUUAAAUAACACCACAUGCUCUUACACCAAAUAACCUCCACCCUUUUCUCUGCUCUUUUUUCUCUCACAAAAUUAAUGUCCCCUGUUGCCCCCUUUUUUCCUGGAAAAUCUCUGCCGGAAAAUUCUCCAUUUCAAUGACAACUUCCAUUUUUGGAUUAGUGUCCCGACAACUUCUUCCAUGUUUGGCAAAUCUUCACAUGGUAAGGAACACACCCACCUCAUUUAUGAUCUGGUUGAGAACUACUUUUUCCUUUUUUUCAAAAAAAUAUUUUUUGGGUUUAUUCUAAAUCUUUCCAUUCCUGUUCAAAUUGAAAUAUCUUCAUAUUUGAAUAGUACCCAUUUGGUGAAUGAAGAAUUUAAAUUGUUUUUCCCUGAAUUGGCACUAAUCUUUGUGAAUGGGAUACACAAAAUGGCUUUUUUGGUUGAAGAAGCACUUCUGAAUCAAAUAUAGCCUUUGUUUUUUUGGUGAAAUACCAACCCUAACCAUUCACAUUGUGGAAUGCUAGUUCAGAAGAGCCUAGGUUUCACCAAUUGGAGGAAAUUGAGUUUGUUUCAUUUGAAAAUUGUUUGAAUAAACAACAUUUGUAUUCAAUUAGAGACAAAUUUAGGUGAAAAUGAAAUCGAGGGAAAUGAAAAUGGGGGACCUCAAGGAUGCUGCCACUUUGCUUAGAGCAAGCCAUUCUAGGUUUUUGCCACUAAGAAUCCUGCAGUCCCUAUUGAUGUUUUUGGGUGCAAGUAUUGUAUUUUCAAUCGGUAGUAUGUAUAUGAUCCGGUAUUUCGGAGAACAGAAUGUAGUCGUCCCAUUCGUACAGACCAGUGUGCAGACAUGUAUUGAAGAGGCAAAUACCAUAAAGAAAUGGAUUAGGCCUCCAACAAGCUUGAAGCACACCAUGAAUGACGCGGAACUAUAUUGGAGGGCCUCAUUUGCUCCUCGGAGGAAAGCUUAUCCAUUUAAGAGAACUGGCAAAAUUGCAUUCAUGUUCUUGACUAGGGGACCAUUGCCACUGGCACCUCUUUGGGAUAGGUUCUUCAAGGGACACAAUGGGCAUUAUUCAGUCUACAUUCAUUCGCUUCCAUCUUAUAUUCCAGAUUUUCCACCUUCGUCUGCUUUCUAUGGGAGGCAAAUUCCUAGUCAGGUGGCAGAGUGGGGAAUGAUGAGUAUGUGCAAUGCUGAAAGAAGACUACUAGCUAAUGCAUUGCUUGAUAUCUCCAAUGAAUGGUUCAUCCUUGUGUCCGAGGCAUGCAUUCCUGUUCAGGACUUUAAACUUGUUUAUCGUCACAUAUCAAAAUCCAAGCACAGCUUUAUAGGUGCAAUGGAUGAACCUGGACCUUAUGGAAGAGGGCGUUAUAACAAGAACAUGGCACCUGAAGUCAACCUCACCGAGUGGCGUAAAGGGUCCCAGUGGUUUGAAGUUAAUCGAAAACUAGCUGUUGACAUCAUUCAAGAUAGCUAUUUUUACCCCAAAUUUGAACAGUUCUGCAAGCCAGAUUGUUAUGUGGACGAGCACUACUUCCCGACCAUGCUGAGCAUGCAAUCUCCUCAUCUCUUGGCGAACAGGACCCUCACUUGGGUGGACUGGUCUAGGGGUGGUCCGCACCCUGCUACAUUCGGGAAGGAUGAUGUUACGGAGGAAUUUUUUAAGAACAUUAUUGAAGGUUCAACAUGCAGUUACAAUGACAGGCCAACUUCUAUUUGCUUUCUUUUCGCAAGAAAGUUUUCGCCAGAUGCUUUGGAUCGUCUAUUAGAGCUUGCACCCAAAGUUUUCCACUAUUGGUGAGACAUUGUCGACUGAAUCAAAAUUUUGGAGUAGAGCCAAUGGAAGCAUCAGUUUUGGUUUUGAAACAACCCUCUUCUUGGUAGGUUGAUGAGAUUGAUCUAUGAUUGCACCAAGUACAUGUACUUCUUAUAAAAUUAGAACCCCGGUUCAACAUGUCGAACGAGUUUGUGGUGCAGCAAUAUUUUUUUAGGUCUGUUGAAUGUAUUAAUAUCAUAUAACAAAGUUUUCGGUCUCUUUUGUGGAGGACCCCUAACCAUAUCUCAUUCAGAUUAAUGAUUAAUUAUAUUCCAUAUUAACA